AUGGAGUGUGCUAUUGCUGUGAUUAUAGUUGUGAUAGUGGCACAGUGUGGAGCUGUGCCACUGGCUUCACCCAGUCAAGAGGAGCUCUCUAAAGCUCAGGUAAACACGAGGCUGAAUGGAUGUUAUAUAACUUUCUGUUUUUCUGUGUAAUUCUAUAAGAUGUAUACACCAUCAGUGAAGCCAAACAAAAAAGCUGUGCUCAUUUAAAACCGUGUAACAUAAGAAGAUAUGUUUAGAGAAACUAUAUAUAACACCAUAAGAAGUGUUUGAUUCUACUUUAUGAGCUGUCAGUAUGAGUUAACAGUUGAUAAUCUGGGUUAAUAUUAUUCAGAACUGUAGUUUCAAGCUAUGUAUCAUAAAAUUCUGCAAAACCUAGACACACAGACAAUGUAGAUCCUUUCUGCAUAUCUUUUAGUCUGGAGGUAUGCAUGCCUGUGUUGACUGUUUAACCUUAUCCUUGGUGCAGCACUAAAGACAAGAUUAUCAAAUGUUCAGUGAGCAGCAUGUGUUUUUAGUUAAUAAAGGUGAACAAGAUUUUCACAACAUAUUUCUAUGCCGCAUGUUCCAAAAAUGUUUCUCCGUAUGCAUUUGCAUGCAGAAAAAUAGUUGAAAAAAGUGGUGUUACUAAGAUAGUCCAUACUGUACCAAUAACAGAAAAUGUUUUAGCUGCUGUGAAAAUCUGGAGCUGUGUUUCAGAGGUUUCAGGAGACCCAGAUGUCCAUGCAACACAAUGUCAUCAGCUAACAUGUCCAAAUAAAUUCAUAAAUAUCUGUUGGAUGAUGGAUUCAAAAGCAAAGACAUAAAGGCAGAUGGAAUAAAGGAAACUGGGCUCUUGAACACACUUCAAGGUGCUGUGAGAAACUUUCAGUUUGUACCAACUUUGGCGCCCCCUUUGGACAAUAUUGUCCUUACUCUUCUUGUUCUCUACUUCUUUAAGUCGUACUUUUGGACCUAUAAUCUCAUCCUCUUGAUUUUUGACAGUUAAAUGUAUCAUUUAUCAUGAAUGUUUAUAGGGAAAAAGCAAAAACAGGGCUGUUUGUCCAGCUGCUUGGCUGACACCUACCCCCUCACACCAGCUUCAGGUGUUAUCAAAUUGGAUAAUUAUAUUUUUAAUCUUGUUGCUGGUGGUCUUUUUGUGUGUUUGACAUCAUGAAAAGACAGGAAAAUGGAUUUCAUUGCAGUUCAUGAUUAUCAAAAAAAAAGAAAAAGCCUCUUCAUAGGCGCUUUAAUUUGUCAGAGUUAAUGUGUUCAGGGUUCAGAGAAAGCUGAUUGAUUUCCAUUUCUGCUUGUUGUAUAACAGAAAAGGUGAAUCACUGAACAGCACAAACAAACAACAUAGUUUUGGUGCAUAAAUCAGUCAGUAAUUGGCGUUCUUUCAUCCUGCCACUAGCAGUAAACAUCUGUUUUGAUGCUGAGCAAAGUUCAAGUAAGUUUCCACAUAUGGAGGAUACUAUGGAGAGUGUUCUAGAGAGCUGAUACUUCAGAGGAUUUUCUGCAUUUCACUUGCAGCAUUUUGGCUAACACUAACUCUGGUCACUUGUCUGUUCCCUCAACACUAGAAACAUACAAAACCAAUCUGUUUUUUAAAAAGUUUCUUUAUUGCAGAAGAAUUUUUGAUUCUGUAGAGACCUCUUAGAGCUGCUUCAUAGUCAGGAGGAAACAAGUAAAAACCUGCAGAAAGAGUCAGGACAUCCUCAGGCUUUAAGGAGUGCGCAUUUUAUUACAGCACAUAUUAAUUCCUGCCCUGCCUGAUGCCCAUUGGGCCAAUAAAUCAGUUCCAACCCAAUUCCUCUGUUUAUUUAUUAUUUUUUAUUUCAUUUUAUAAGGUUUAAAAUUGAACAGAUUCGGUAGACAGCAAUAUUUAAUGUUUUCCAUUUUUCCACCUUGCAUUGAUCAGGUAAUAUAAAUUGGAAAAUAAUUGGACCCAUUUAAGGACAGGACUGUAUGUAGAGAAAAAACACACGCACAACUGAAGAUCAUUACAGUAUUUUAGUUGUUUUUUACCAGAGAGGUUGUGGGUUUUGUGUUUGCCAAAUGUGCAAAUGUGUUUUACGUGAAUAUGGGUUUUCAGAGACAAUGAUGUUUUUUUUUUUUUAAUUCCAUCUUUAUUGUUAUUCACAUUUAUUCAUGUCACUUGAGCUCAGAACAGUCAUAAUAACAUGACUUCACCCUGAUAUUUUUGCAUUAAAGUGUUAAUUAUUUGUAUAGAUUUUAAAUACUUAGCCAGGGGAAAAAACUUCCCAACUUGUUAUGUUUCCCUCAUGAAUAAAUUGUUGUUCAGGCCAAUAGUUACAACCAUGUGCUUAAUCACAACCAUUUUUACUGGGUGAGCCAAAGUAGAACAAGACCGGAUUUGAGAUGAUUAGAGACACUUAUAAAUUUAUGGUUUAGUUGGUCUGGAAUUAAAUUAUGGCAUUUGUCACAAGAUACUGUAAUUUCUGGUGAACAUAUAAAAGUUUAUAGAAACACAUUUAAGGAAGGGAAAAGUUAGCUCAGCAAUUGCACUGUUGUAAAUGAACACAGCUCUGAUACAGCUUUAGAUUCAACAGUCACUGGUGUGACUCAUACCACAAAAAAUACAAACAGAUAUGAUAAAAAAUGAAAGGCUUCAGAUCCAGUGAAGGAAAGGCAAAGACAAUGCACUUAGAAAAAGUUGAGAAAACUUUAAUUGAACAAAUACAAACCAGAAAAAAAGUCCAGAGUGUUGUCAGAUUUGUGUGUUUGAGUGUUGUUGACAGCACCUCUUAGACAUUUAUGUUGACAGGGGUGUAAUUAUUGUGCCUUGAAUGGGAAUCUGUACAGGACAGUUGAGCAUUAUUUGUCACUUUUCUCUGCCCAGGCAUAUCUGUCUCGGUUUUUCUCUGAUGUUGGUGUCAGUGCCCCGAACACUGUCUGGAGAAGCUCUCUGGACUCUUUUGAUGAGACUCUGAGAAAAAUGCAGAAGUAUUUUGGGCUGGAGGAGACUGGACAGCUUGACUCAAACACCAUAGAAGUGAUGGCUCGGCCACGCUGUGGCUUCACAGACGUGCCCAGAUACGGACAUUUUGAGGGGCGACCCAAGUGGCACAAGCGUUUGAUCACAUACAGGUACUAGACAAAGCCUGCAUGUAAAAAAAAAUAAAAAUCAGUUCUUGCAGAAAUAAAACAUCUUGGAGCUCAUGUCUAAUUUCUUCUUUAAUAAUUUCCACUCCCACAUUGUCCUAGGAUAACUGAAUACUCUCCAGAUUUGAGUCAAAGUGAUGUGGACACCACUAUUGCCAAGGCUUUUAAAGUCUACAGCGACGUCAUUCCUUUGGAUUUCAAAAAGAUCGACAGUGGCACGGCUGACAUCAUGAUCAAGUUCAAGGCUCGAGGUAUUUACCUGCUUUCAGUGCCUUUGAAAAAAAUGAUUGAUCCAGUUCAAACUAAGUCUCUUUUUCUCUCAACACCAGACCAUGGAGAUUUUGCUCCAUUUGACGGGCAGGGUGGAGUCUUGGCUCAUGCGUUCUCUCCUGGUGAAGGUAAUGGAGGUGACGCCCAUUUUGAUGAAGAUGAAACCUGGACUCUGACCUCAUCAGGUACGUUGAUUUUUGGGCAGCUCCACAGGUAUGGUCUGGAGUGUUUGGGGCCUUUUGAAUUCUAUGGCAACCAUUGGUGACGUCUCAAAAUCCUUAACUAUGAUUGGCUCUUUGCCUCGUUGAUGACAGGGCUCACAUUGGAAUCAGAUCAGCAUCAAAGUAUGGCUGUUUUUGUCUAUUUAGACCCAUAUUUUCAUUUUAAGUUUCUGAGUAAAUAACAGAAAGAGUCCCAGGACCUUUGUGUGCUAUGGUUAAAAAAAGACUCAAGAAUCGCUGUUGCACUGGUCCCUUUACUUUCACCUGUCUACACUCCCUCGUAGAAUUGUGUAGGUGCAGAUCUACUUCUGCCUGAAGUUUGUUUGAGCAGCUUUUGUGAUGUUACUCUGGAAAUUUUAAAUUUUAAAAAUGAAUCCUUCCAUUUUCAUUCAGAUAAUGUUUCAGGACAGGGUGGCUUGUAGUAUUGUCCACAAUUCAAAAAGUACCUUUCACCUGACUCCCAUAGGUAUAUAAUCACAGGCCCUCUUCAAAUGCACGAGCACAUAUAAACAAAGAUAAGGAUCUUAGAUUUUUCUAAGAAUAGAACCUUAUUCUAGGAAGACUUUUAUUGUUGUACCAUUAUGAGUUCAAUCUCAAAUCCCUGUCCUAUUUCUUUUUUCCUCUUUUUAUGUUUUAUGUUGUUGUCAUAUAAAGAGGUCUUUGUUUAUGAUGUGAUAAAAUCCUACAGCUGGUUUAGUACCCAUACUAACUGUAUCCGUGUUUAUCUGCAGGAGCAAAUCUGUUCCUUGUGGCAGCACAUGAGUUUGGACACGCUAUGGGAUUAGCCCACUCUCAGGACCAAACCGCCCUGAUGUUUCCUACCUACCAGUAUGUAAACACGGACAAUUACAGGCUUCCUGAUGAUGACCGAUUGGGAGUCCAGGCUACCUAUGGUGAGAGCUGAUAUUGAUUUAAAGACUGACUGGUUCACUAUAACAGUCUAUCUAAAGAUACUUUAAUUUUUAUUCCCUAAAGGAGCUAGAGAGACAGCCAUACCUGACCCAAAUCCACAGCCCACUAAAAAACCUGUGCCAAAACCUGUACCUGAACCUGAACCUGAACCAGAUCCUGAGCCUACAUCUGAGCCUCCUCCAGAUCGGUGCAACAGGUACCUGAUCUUUGACGCAGCAACCACCAUUGAUGGAAACCUCCACUUCUUCAAAGACGGGUGAGACUUUCAUUUACUACAACAUGAUAAUAUGAGAUUUAAAUCUAAGAGUGCCAAAUAAAGGUAGCCAGGGGAAAAAUAAAUGUUAUGUCAUGUUAAAAACUUUAAUGUUAAAAUCAUAGUUUUUAUCAAAUAUUUGUCUGAUAUUAUCAUAAAACUUUGUGUUUCUUGUUUUUUUUCUGUCAGGCAUUUCUGGAGUAGAGGCAGCAACUGGGACGGCAUCACUUUGAAGAAAAUUGACUCUGUGUGGCCGGGAAUAAAAAGAGUCGAUGCGGCUUAUGAGUACAAGCCAGACAACACUGUCAUCUUCUUUGAAGGUAGACACUUAGACAGGUUGAUGAGCUCCACUGGCUUUUUGUAAAAGACUUUUUGUACUAAAAGUUUUUGAAUAAAAGUUAUGAAUAAAUGCUAAUGAUGACAGAUAGACAGAUGUCAGAAAAACACUCAGUGAUUGAGAAAGGAUUUAUCUACUAUUUUCAAAAAAGAAUUUCUUGGACAAAUUGAUGCUUUUUCAUACAUUUUACAUCAUCAAAAAUGUGUGAAAAUCCAUAAAUAACACUAAAUCAGGUUAUAAAUCAGAUAUUCAUCUCUGAAAUUCUUUGUUUGUAUAAUAACUCUGCCUUUUCAGGGGAUCAUUACUGGGGGAUCAGAGGAAACACUGUCCUCCCUGGUUAUCCUAAACCUAUCAGCGACUUUGGCUUCCCUCGAUACAUCACCAAGGUGGAUGCUGCCGUCUAUGUGCCAUUCAUCAGCAAGACCCUCCUCUUUGUGAGGGGCAAAUACUGGAGGUGAGACAUCUUGAGCACGUCAAACUAAAAAGAAAGACACAACACGCAAUGAUUGACACCUCCUUCUCUCACACUUUUAGCUACAAUGAAAGGAGGGGCAGAAUGGAUGGUGGGUACCCAAAACGAAUCAACAAAGAGUUUCGUGGGAUUGGCCUUAGUGUAGAUGCUGCUUUCGCCAACAAAGGUGAGCCAUGAGCACUUUUCACCCAUUUCUGGGUAUUUAUACGUCUCUCUCAGCAUAAAAUUUACCAUCAGUUAAUGUUGUAGUCUCCAAGAGAUACAAGACAGUUUUGCAAGUUACUUUAAUCACAUGAUCAUUCAGUAAACACAUUGUGAACAUUGUGUGGGAGAAAAAGGGCAGCCACUAAACAGAAACAGAUCAGACUUUCAUUUUAAAAAUCAUCAAGGAGAAGUAACUAUUUAUUAUUUCAUGCCUGAGAUCCAAAAUGUGGGUUUCUGUAAUGAAGUUCCAUCAUUAUAAGACCAUUGAACUGUGUCUCAGACUGUGUUUUUUGUAUUACAAGAGAAACAGCGUGAAAACCCACUGAGAGUUUUUCAUGUACACAGCCACGUUUGGCUUAGCUGUCACUCAUGGCCACCAUCCUCACCCCAUUAUGUCUCUGUUAUCACCUCUGAGGGAAGAUUUUUGACUUUGCCUCAACAUUAAGCCUCUGAAUGUUACCUCUCGUGGGGUUUCUUGAGUCAAAAAACACCCCCUCAACCCCUCACAUCUUCAAUUUGAGAUUACAUGACUUUUCCCCUUAAAUGACGCAGUCAUUAAAUAAAGUGACGCACUGAUUGUCUUUGUUUGUAUUUCCAUGUGAGCUGUAUACUAGCAGGGUACAACGGUCACGCUAAUGGUCAUUUUGACCCAGCAGUCAUAAAAGCAUCCAAACACUACAGGAGAACCCCACCUGCAGGCACACACACACACACACACACACACACACACACAGUGAUGAAAGUGGGACAGACGUCAAACAUUGUAGUUUGGGUGCAUCUUCCCCCCUUUGUGACGCCACAUGUGUUCAGAGUUCAAAGAGUUUAGAGGUCAAAUAAAUAAAAUUUCAGGUGAUAUAAAUAUUUCUUAAUAGCAUUGUUCAUAAGGGAACAGUCAGUUCUCUAUCUGCUAGAGUUAUGAGCACACAUUUAAUGUUAUUAUUAUCAUUAUUAUUAUUAUUAUUAUUAUUAUUAUUAUAUUUAACUUUGUAUGUUUUUGGUCAUUUUGCAGAUGAAGUUUUCAAUAAGUGGCAAAGUACCACCAUGAUAAGGAAAUAUAAUGUUCAUGUUGUUACUGGAAUGGAAAGGUUUGUAAUAAUUAAAAGUCACACCUAGAAAAAUAACAGUUAAAACAGUGAUUAUCACAAAAAACUCUACCUUUAUAAAUAUAACAAUUAUGACUGCUUUGUUGUACCAGAAAUAAACAGCGUCCAUUUAAUGAAUUAAUAUUUUUUUCCCUGCACAGAGGGAAAACACAGAUACUCACAAAGUUUGUCAAAAAUAAAGUUAUUUGUUCAUUUAAACUAGUUCUGGUGUAAAAUUCAGUUGGACUGCUGUAUUUUAAAGGGUCAGCCAAAGCCUGUAAUCUUUAGCCCAAAAAAAGGUGUGCAGAAAACAAGGGCAACAUGUGUGUAUGUCUUGCCUUGCAAUGGCAUUUGAUGGAGUGUACAAUUAGAGCAAUAGUUAAAAAUUAAUCCCUCUGAAGGAAAAUACUGAGCUCUUGUUUGGCAUGAUACCAAUGAUGACUCUGUCAUUUCAGGUUACCUGUACUUCUCAUCUGGAUUCAGACAGACUGAGUACCACUACAAUCGCAGACGCGUGAUACGCACUCUGUUAAACAGUGGGUGGAUGGACUGCAAGUGAGGACGCAAAGACCAUACACCAAUAAACACACCCAUGCAUGCAAACAUACACACACAUAAUAACAG